UAUUUUGCUCACCUUGUUAAUGAAGUUGUGAAAGGAAAUCUUCUUUUCAGCUCUUACUGUGAGUUGCAUUACCCGUAACAUUACAUGGGACAUUCCCAAACGUAUGGGGCACUUUAAAAGUUUAAAUAACACUGGCCAACAGUAAUUAACCUAAGUAGCCAGCUACCCCAGCUUUUUGUAGCUAAUCAGAUGUGUUGGUCAGUUCAGCUAACGGCAGGCAAGUUAGCUAAAUGUUAGCUGUUUCUGGCUGAGGAGGAGAUUGAAGAGAGACCAGAAAAACCCCCUUAAGAGUACCCUUGAAGAAUUGGGAAGUCCUCUCACAAUAUCUGUGAAAUAUACCUACACAAUUGUUGUGGUGACGAGUAUUCUGAAAUGUGUAGCACACUUGUAAAAGAAAAAAAAAUGCAUGAUCUGGCAACUAUUGUUGUGUGUCAUGUUUGACCCCGCGUAAUGACGUCACGACCAUGGCACACACUGGAAUGGAAUCCGUGGAAAGCGGGGUUUAUAACCCCAUACUUUAGAUGCAUUAUUUCUGUGUCAAAAGCAAUAUUAGUCGUGUGGCAAAGACCGGCCUGUGCUGCGCAUUACAUAACUUAUGAGGGAGGGGGCGCGGGCACGAGCAUGCAAGAUUCUGAGCUCUGCUGGCUAGUCGAGACUGAAACGAAACGGUCUCGCAUCCAGACCCAGCAAGCUAGCUGCAUUUAGCUAACCAGCGUUAAAUCAACAGUUCAGCAGUGAAGUUAAAGCAGUGUUAUUUUCGUAGUCAUUGGCAUUGGCUGCAUACUUCUGUGAAUGACAAUUUACCCAUUGCAUUAUACAAUAUUGCAGAGCAAAAGGAGGAUGCGACGAUAAUGAAUAUUACAUUAAUUGGAGACAUUACCGCAGUGUAUUGUUAAACGCCAGAAACUGAAAGCCGCGUCUGAAUGAAACCAGGAACCAACGAAGGGCCUCGAGUGUAAAAGCGCGCAGUGUGAACUGUGUUGGCUUGUGCGAUAUCUCACCUGUCAUUCUGUAAUUUAAGCUCCCAGUUGCCCAGAUGUUAAGGUGUAUUUGAUCGCAGCAUCCUGGAAGUGGAAAGUGUAGAAGAGACUGGUCCUACACCACAAACAGGGUCGGCGUGCAGCGGGAGAGGUCCAGAGGGCUCACGCGCCGGGGAGGAGGCGGUGCAGCAGCGCACCCCUCCGGCUGUGGCAGUGCCGGGUGGUGGCGUCCCCCCUGCGGCCGCCGCCGCCGCCCAGAAUGUGGCCCGGCCCUCCCAGCAUGCCCUGCAGCCGGUCGCCGCUGCUGCUCCUCCCCUCCAACCGCCGUCCCCAUUGGUCACAGUCGCCGACGUCACUUCCUCCACCGCUGCCCCGCCCUCUCAGUCCAGACAGGAACCAGCACACAGCACCACAGCCUCCGCCUCCUCCAGUGCCCCCGCUCCCCAGUUCCGGCACGCCACCACCACCACCACCCCCCAACAGCACCAGCUCACCGUCAACAACACUACUCGCCACCGCCCACUGCCCAGUGCUGAAGCGUCCGUCUCGGUGCUGGACGCCGAAGCUGCCUCAUCGACAGCAGCAGCAGCGGCAGCAGGACUGGCCACAACAGCCGCAGCCUCUCACCAGGCCAACACCAACCACACAGGAAACUCCGACAGCUCCACCGCCGACGGACGGAUUUUAUCUCAGACCGCUGCCGGAUCUGCCUCGGUCUCUGUCGAAGUGCACGGUUGGAAUUACGGGUCAAACGCAAACCGGGCAGAGGACCAGGGAACUGGUACCGCCACCGCGGUCCACAGUGACCCCAAGGAACCUUCAACACUCUCAAAGACUACUACUAGCACUACCACCAAAUCGGAAUACGGACAGAGCUUGUCGGCUGGCGUUACUGAGCGUAGCGGCCGGGAGACAGCUGGUGAGAUGGAGCCACCUCAGGUGGUCAACCUCGGCCAGGCGACUCAGGCCAGCCUCCUCUCGCAGGCGACUGGCGCCAGUAUACUCGACACAAGGCUCUGUGACGGUCAGGCUGUGUCGACUGUCACCGACACUGAAGGAGGUGACUAUAAACAACAACAACAACAGCUACAGACUGAACCCUCAGCGCUCACACAACACGGGGAUGGAAUUAGGAGAGUUGGAGAGGGGGGGUUUGGAGGUCUCAAGACCACCGUCCCCCAGCCCAUUGUGCCACCACCCACGGCGCGAGGAAAUGGAAAGAGCGCCCACAGCGAUGUGGACGGAGACGAGACAGACGGGUACCUGCAGUACAGAGGAAGCCCCGGCGUCCCGCUUUCCCAGCAGCAGCACAACAGCUCUCGGGCCAAAGAGGACGGGACGCUCAAGAGCCUCGUUUGUACCGGCUCGACGACGGUACAGAAGACCGUUACGUCACUGGUCGCCCUCGACGUCGACCUCCCCCCUCUCCAAACCUCUGUGGCGCCGCCCCACCACCAUUUCUCAACCCAUACGCUUAAGACAAUGACCACUGAGGCCACCGCCACCAGCACUGUGGCUGCCUUGCCAUCUGAGCUCAACCAGCAUGAGAUGAGCUCCGAGCUCCUGGGCACGGCGGCGAGUACCCUAAAGAGCCCUACUAACGUCGUGACCACCGGAGAGGCGAACAUAAGCUUAGCCGUGGACGUGGUUGGACAGGUUCUCCAGCAGAACGUCCCGCUCUGCCAGCAGGACGGAUCUGGGAAUUCCAAGGUUCUGGUGGGUCACAGUGACUAUGACGGAACGACAAGUUGCACUGAGACUAUCCUGGCCGUGACGGAUACAGGAGACACGAUCCAGGCCGUUGUCACCGACUCCGGGGAGGUGAUUUUGAACGACGGCUUGAUGACCGUCAGCCAAGUGCAGUUGACGUUGCCCGGCGCUGACCACCAACCGCAGGCGAAUAGCAUUUCAAUCGUGAACUCCGAGGCCUCCGUGGCCGAGUGCGAGAGCCUGGUGGAGGUCCUGCAACAGCCCAGCCAGCUGCUCUCCACGUCUCAGAUCGACAGGGAACUCAUAACCCAACACCUCUCCGUGUCGGUGCCGUCUGGAGACCACCACGACGCCUUCUCCGAGAUGGAGGUGUCCUGCACAAAUGCCUCCGUCGCUGAGGAGGAGGAAGGGGAGGAAGAGGACCAGGGAGGUCACGGCAGUAUCAUGGAGACCCAGACUACUGAGAUCCACACGCACGUGCUGCGAGACCUGGGCCAGGUGUGUUUCCUGCAGACGGACCUGGUGUCGGACCUGGCCUCCUUACCUGUGGAGAUCCUGGAGCAGGAGGUGGUGGAGGAGGGCACCACCUGGUUGGUCGGAGACGACGGACAGGUGAUGGAGUGCAGCGAAGCCGAAGCGCAGCAGCUGAUGGACGUCACCACGGUAACAGACGAGGCUCACCAUCACCACUGCUUGGAGACGCAGACCAUCGAGGUGUCAGAGUGCACGGUGGUGACGUACCCGUCAGAGGCCGCUGCCAUCCUCAGCCACGUGCACCAGCUGCACCUGCCUGAGGGGCUGCAGGUGACGACGCAGGAGGAGGAGGAGGAGGAGGCUGCCCUGGGGGGCACCUCCUCAAUGGCCCUGUUGACCGAGGAGGACUUGGGGACAGGAGCUGUUGGUGACCUUGACGCAGACACCCAGUCCACUGCCAGCGCCCAUUGCGCCACGCUAAAACCGGAGCUUGAUACCGUUGGCGCCGUAUCGUACGUCGACGCCUCCUCGGGGCUGACCUCCACGGCUGCACUCGAUGUUGGGGUGCAGGGGGUGUGUGACAACACGGAGGCGUCACCCAGUCAGGAGCCGCCAUCCACGCCUGGGGCCGGUGCCGGUGCGAUCAACCCCAAGCUCCUCAUCCUGAAACGUGGGGAGACGCCACUGCUCAAGUCCCCUCCAGACCUCCUGGCUGGGGUGGCGAAGAGGCCUAGCCCUAUGUCUAUGUCGACGGCCCAGACAAGCAUCAGCAGCCCAGCUACCGGUGCCUCUUCCUCCUCCUUUGAGUGCCUUUCUCCCAGCACACCAGCUGCCGUUUCUGUUACUGCUGCUGCCGAGUCGACUGAAACCCGCACGAGCAUAGUCUCCCAGCCUGUUUCAGUACCUGGUAGACUUACGUUCACUGAUGAGGAUGAGACACUGCCUAGUGCAUUACACACCACGCUGGAUGGAACUGAAUCCCCACCGUCCAGCCCCACCACCGAUGGCCUGGAGAGUGCCACCCCGCGGGCAGGGGCUCGGCGGCCCUUGGUGGGGGGGUGGAGCGAGGUGUGCGGCGCCAUUGGAGCCAAGAGGGAAGCCGGAGGCCUGAAGCGACCCGGUGACGAGAUGGGGCAAGGGGACGGACCCCUUCCCCUGUCCCACGCCACCCCGAGCAGGCUGGACACCACUGAAGGUGGGGAUGAUGAUGAUGACGACGGAGGGAGUAGUGAUGGAGAUGGAGAUGGGGACGCUGAUGCUGAUGAUGCUGAUGCUGAUGCUGAUGUUGACGAAGAUGGAGAGGCGGACAUUUCCAUGGAAAGCCAUGUGGACACUAGUAUUACUACACCUACGCUGCCCCAGAGAAAGGUGCGGCAGUGGAUCUCCGGCCGGCUGACGGCCGCCUCCACGCCCUCCACCUCCCCUUCCCCAUCGCCGGCUCCCUCCAUCCUGGGCGACCACCACUGGACGCCCACCCAGCUGGACCGCUCCUCGCCCCUGCGCGGCUCUCACGGCAAGUUCGUCUCGCCCCCCCACCACUCCAGAGGCUCGGGGGACGGAUCGGGUCCGUCGUCGGACCAGACACCCACUCGGGGGCCGCACAAGCACGCCGACAUGGCGGAGCUCGCCAAGCAUGAAGCUGAAAUCGAGCACCGCACGCUGGCUCUGAAGCGCGAGGGCCACUGGUCGAUGAAGCGCCUGAACCGCCUGACGGAGCCCAUCCGGCCCAAGGUCCACUGGGACUACCUGUGCGAGGAGAUGCAGUGGCUCGCCGCCGACUUCGCCCAGGAGAGGCGGUGGAAGAGGGGCGUCGCAAGAAAGGUGGUGCGUAUGGUGAUGCGCUACCACGAGGAGAUCCGUCAGAAGGAGGAGCGUGCGAAGCGAGAGGAACAGGCCAAGCUGCGCAGGGUGGCCUCCUCCAUCGCUAAGGAGGUGCGCGCCUUCUGGACCAACGUGGAGAAGGUGGUGCAGUACAAGCAGCAGUCGCGUCUGGACGAGAAGAGGAAGAAGGCCCUGGACCUGCAGCUGGACUUCAUCGUGGGCCAGACGGAGCGCUACUCGGACCUCCUCAGCCAAUCGCUGGCCGCCACGCCCGCCGCUACCACGGAAACGCCCGCCUCCCCUGCUGCGAAGGGAUCCACGCAACCCACUGCGGACGAGGACGACCAAGACUUUGAGCCUCCAUGUGAGGAGGAGGACGAUGAUGAGGAGACUAUUGACAAAGAGGAGCGGCAGGAGGGGAACGAUGCAGAGACGCGCAGGAGAGAGAUCGAGCUCCUCAGACAGGAGGGCAUGCUGCCCCUUGACCAGCUCCUCAGCACCAUUUCACUGCCACCGCCCAAUGCUUCAGAGGACGGCUCUGACAGCUCCUCAUCAGUGGAGGAAGAUCCGGACGAGGAUGAGGAGUUUACCGCUAAUGAGGAGGACGCUGAGGACGAAGAGGAGACGAUAGAAGCACAGGAAGCACUUGAAGGAGACGCCAACCACGAAGAGGAGCUGGACGACCUGGCCAAAGAAGGUGAGAUGAGCGUGACACAGCUCUUGGAGAAGUAUAAGGGGGCGUACACGUCCGAUUUCGAGGAGCCCUUGGGGUCAGCAUCAGCUGUGACUUCUGAGGAAGAGGCUACCACUGAGGAAGAGGAGGAGGACGAAACGGACGGAGAAGGCAGUGAGACCAAUGGCUCCUCAGACUCCUCAGAGGCUGUCAACAGUGACGAUGAUUUGAUGGAGGAUGACGAUGAGGAUGUGGCUGACGAUGAUGAGGAGGAAGAGGAUGAUGAAGAGGGCAUGGAGGCUCUGCUGAGGGAGGGAGACCAGAGCCCUGAGCUGGCCACCUCUCCCAGGCCCAAGAAAGACAUGAGCCACAUAGCCGCCACUGCAGAGAGCCUCCAGCCGAAGGGAUACACGCUGGCCACCACCAAGGUGAAAACUCCCAUCCCCUUCCUGUUGCAUGGUAACCUGCGUGAGUACCAGCACAUUGGGCUGGACUGGCUGGUCACCAUGUACGAGAAGAAACUGAACGGCAUCCUGGCAGACGAGAUGGGGCUGGGCAAGACCAUCCAGACCAUCGCCCUGCUGGCACACCUGGCCUGCGAGAAAGGUAACUGGGGUCCCCAUUUGAUCAUCGUGCCCACCAGUGUGAUGCUGAACUGGGAGAUGGAGCUGAAGCGCUGGUGUCCCGGCUUCAAGAUCCUCACCUACUAUGGCAGCCAGAAGGAGCGCAAACUCAAGAGACAGGGAUGGACCAAGCCGAAUGCCUUUCAUGUGUGUAUCACCUCCUAUAAGCUGGUGCUGCAGGACCAUCAGGCCUUCAGGCGCAAGUCGUGGCGCUACCUCAUCCUUGACGAGGCUCAGAAUAUCAAGAACUUCAAGUCGCAGCGCUGGCAGAGUCUGCUCAACUUCAACAGCCAUAGGCGACUGCUGCUGACGGGCACUCCGCUGCAGAACAGCCUGAUGGAGCUCUGGUCCCUCAUGCACUUCCUCAUGCCGCACGUGUUCCAGUCCCACCGCGAGUUCAAGGAGUGGUUCUCCAACCCCCUCACCGGCAUGAUCGAGGGCAGCCAGGAGUACAACGAGGGCCUGGUCAAGAGGCUGCACAAGGUGUUGAGGCCCUUCCUCUUGCGUCGCGUGAAGGUGGACGUGGAGAAGCAGAUGCCCAAGAAGUACGAGCACGUGGUGCGCUGCCGCCUCUCCAAGAGGCAACGCUUCCUCUACGACGACUUCAUGGCCCAGGCCUCGACGAGGGAGACGUUGGCGAGUGGCCACUUCAUGUCUGUGAUCAACAUCCUGAUGCAGCUGCGGAAGGUGUGCAACCACCCCAACCUGUUUGACCCGCGCCCCAUCCAGUCGCCCUUCAUCACCAAGCCCGUCAUUUUCUCCACCGCUUCCAUCGCCCAGCAGGCCCUGGACGUCUCCCCCUUCCAGCGAUGUGACCUGUCGAUGUUUGACCUCGUGGGCCUUGAAGGUCGCGUGUCCCGCUACGAAGCAGACAUCUUCCUGCCUCGCCGAAAGGUCACGACCCCGCUCAUCCAGGAGAUCAUGGAUUCACCUGAACCGGCCCCACGGCCCAAACCCGUACGCAUGAAGGUCAACAGAAUGUUCCAGCCCAUGCCUAAAUCAGACAGUCGUGCGUCUGCGACGCCAGCUAACCCCAGGCCAACGUGCUCAGUAGCUCCAGUGGUGCAGCCCCAACGGUCAGCUCUCAUCACGGAAGUAACCCCCAGCCCGGCUCCCGUCCCUAUACAGCCACCUGCCCAAGUGUGUGCAGUGAUGCCCGUCUCCACUCCUCACGCCACCACGGCGGUGGCCAGCGCCCCUGCUACCGUAGCGUUGAACCCCACGCCGGCCCCGGUGGCCGUCAGAGCCGCUGCCUCGCACCCCGUCCUCUCCAUACGAGCCCCGACCCCGGUCGCAGCCCACGUUGCCACCGCACCCAGCAUCACCCAGCGGGUGCUUCUCAGCCCUGACAUGCAGGCACGACUGCCAUCUGGCGAGGUGGUGAGCAUUGCCCAGUUGGCAUCGCUGGCAGGGCGUCCCGUGCCCACGGGCCAGGGGAGCAAGCCAGUCACCUUCCAGCUGCAGGGCAACAAGCUGACGCUAUCAGGCACUCAGCUGCACCAGGUGCCCGUGCCCCAGCCGCGACCCUUACAAGGCAAUGUAAUGCACCUGGUGUCCUCUGGGGGGCAGCACCACCUGAUCAGUCAGCCAGCACAGGUGGCGCUCAUCCACACAGUCAGUCAGGCGGCUGCAGCAGCGGUGGCGGGUGGCAGUGCCGCCACUGCCCACCUCAGCCUCGGCCAGCAGGGCCCAGCGGCAGCAGCCUCCUCUGGGCUCGCCGUGCCCCUCCACGCUGCGCAAGCGGUUCCCUCCACCAUAACUGGCUCUGGGAUUGUGAAGAUCGUGGUGCGGCAGGCGGGAGCACCAACAACAGGAGGUAAAGAGACGUCAGCAGGGCCGGUCCCUGCACUCGCUGUGCCCCCUUCCCCGCGCGUUCCCCCUCCCGUCACCCUCUCGCUGCACCCGCACCCCACCUCCGCCACCGCUGUCACUGCUACCGCCACUGUCACCGCCAGAACCCUCGCUCCUCAGCAGCCGACACCGGCUCCACAGCGCCCCGCUGUGUCCCAGCCCACCCACUAUGCCGCUCCGCCUCGCACCCCUGUCGCCCAGCCUCCUCUGCGGCCGGUGCUCCGGGUGCUGCAGGGACCACCGGCCCCCACACCAGCACCAGCACCAGCACCGGCUCCAGUGGCCCAGACCGCAACAGCAGCAGCAGCAGCAGCACCAGAGCCCGUGCGAGUGAAUGCCACCACCACCGCAACCCCUCGAGAGGAGAGCAGCAGCAGCCGCAGUCGUUCCAGUGAGUCGGUGACUGUGCAGCCGGAUCCUGCAGUUUCCAAGCCUGGAGCCCAGCCCGGAGGCUUCUCCUUCCAGCGGCCUCGACCCCAGCCCCCACCACCCCCACGCUCACCCUUCUCUAUGCCUUGUCUAGAGGAGAGCCGCCGUGCCCAGCGAGACGCCCGCCUGGCUCGCAUCAUCCGUGCCAACGACAUCCACUGCGACGCCAAGCCCAUCUACGGCCGCGAGGUGCUCGACUUCCUUACUUUCCUGCCCGGUGCCACCCCUAGGCCCGCCUCCAAGCCGGCCCCUGGCCAAUGGCGCAGCUCGGGCUACGGUUCCUGUCUAGUGGCCCGAUCGCAGCAGAGCGAGGAUCUGUGGGCCCAGACUGAGGCGCUGAGGGCGGCCAUUCAGAAUACGGAGGAGAGGCUCGCUGGGCUGGCGGAAAUGAUCGACAGGUUCGCCUUUGUGAUCCCGCCUGUGGAGGCUCCUCCCAUCACCAUGCACAGCUGCCAUCCUCCGCCCUCAUUGGUCCGCGGCCAGGCCCUGUUCCGCACCAUGCUGACCAGUGAGACGACCCCACUGCUGCGGCCGCUCCACCGCAUCCAGUGCAACAUGAGGACCCACUUCCCAGACCUCCGGCUCAUCCAGUACGACUGUGGCAAGCUGCAGACGAUGCACCUGUUGCUGAGGAAGCUGAAGACCGGGGGUCACCGCGCCCUCAUCUUUACGCAGAUGACACGCAUGCUGGACGUGCUGGAGCAGUUCCUCAACUACCACGGACACAUCUACCUGCGGCUGGACGGCAGCACGCGCGUGGAGCAGCGACAGUCCCUCAUGGAGCGCUUCAAUGCGGACCGGCGCAUUUUCUGCUUCAUCCUGUCGACGCGUAGCGGUGGCGUGGGGGUGAAUCUGACGGGGGCGGACACCGUGAUCUUCUACGACAGCGACUGGAACCCUACCAUGGACGCCCAGGCUCAGGACCGUUGCCACAGGAUCGGGCAGACGAGAGACGUGCACAUCUACAGGCUCAUAAGUGAACGCACAGUGGAAGAGAACAUCUUGAAGAAGGCUAAUCAGAAGAGAAUGCUGGGGGAUAUGGCAAUAGAGGGAGGCAACUUCACCACGGCUUUCUUCAAACAGCAAACCAUCAAGGAGCUGUUUGACGUGACGGAGGGGGAGAAGAAGGAGCCUGAAGUGGUGGCUCAGCCCCCAGUAGCCCCGGUGGAGGAGGAGGAGCAGAGAGAGGAGAGAGAGGAGGGCGCCAGCAAACAGCACACCACUAUCCUGGAACAGGCGCUGUGUCGAGCCGAGGAUGAGGAGGACAUAGUGGCAGCCUCGCAGGCCAAGGCAGAGCAGGUGGCCGAGCUGGCAGAGUUCAACGAGAGCAUCCCAUUGGACGAUGGAGGAGAGGGGCGGGAGGAAGAGGAGGAGCUCUCCAGGGCCGAGCAGGAAAUUGCUGCUUUGGUAGAACAGCUUACUCCUAUUGAGCGCUAUGCCAUGAACUUCUUGGAAGCCUCCCUCGAGGAUAUCUGCAAAGAGGAACUCAAGCAGGCUGAGGAGCAAGUUGAGGCGGCCAGGAAGGGUCUGGACCAGGCCAAGGAGGAGGGCCUGAAACUGCACCAGUCGUCCGACGACAACGAGGAGGAGGACGAGGUCUACUCCCCGCUACCCCACUCCCCCGACGAGGCGUCCUCCCAGACCACACCCUCCUCCGCCCGACGCACCCGCAAGCACAAGGAGAAGGGCGCUCCCUCUACCCGGGUCAGCGGCCGCCUGCGAGGCACCCCGGCCAAGAUGGACGACGACCCAGCCCCAGCCCCAGCCCCGUCCCCAGCAGCAAGCACAUCGACAGCCGACCACAACCGCAAUAUUCGUGGAAGUGCCUCGUCUUCGACAUCUGCUCUCACGCCACAGCAGUCCAGACAAGUGCCUGAUCGACGUGGAGCCCAGCGCGGUAGACCAUCUACCAAAGAAAUCACGGUGGCACCUACACCCACCCCCACCACCCCUACCCCUGCCCCUAAAACAGAGACCCUCAAGACUCAAGCCCAGUCGGCAGGGGUCUCCACACGACACACGGACUCUACUGGCCCAGCCUCCCCCUCGAGGGAGGCGCUGCCCUCAAACUCUAAGCCCAGCGCCGCUGCCGCCCCAUCUCCCAGCCCAGUGCCUUCCGCAGCUGACUCCCCUGCGGCAGGGCGAUCCCAGACGUCCGAAAACGCUCCUCUGUCUGUCCCAGAACACCCCGAAGAGACCCGAAAAGGUGACCCGGAGUUGUCGAGCGUGUCCACGUCACAGGUGGUGUCCACAUCACAGGUCGUGGACCAGCCCCCAGUGCCUGCCUCAAGGGAGAGGGGGAUGUCCGUGUCCUCCGGAUCCAUCUGUUCUCCAGAGCACCAGUCUGACUUGGACAGCAGAGACUUGGAUCAGCACAGCCAUCACCCCCUCCCCCUCUCGCCCGGCACGGCAUCCCGCUCGCCUCGCAAGCGCCAGUCCGCCGACGGAGAGGUCCUCAAAGGCCUUGCGGAAGACUCGCCGUCGGCCAAGGUGUUGCGGAAGCUUCCGGGUCGCCUGGUGACCGUCGUCGAGGAGAAGGAGCAUCAGCAACGCAAGCGGAGGAGGAGACGAGGAAGCGGAGGUGCCGGUCACACGGAAGGGUCAUCGGAGGAAACGGAACACACCGAGUCAGAAAAAGACACCGGUGGUCCGUCCGACCCUGGUAAAUCGAGCCAAAAGUCUCGAGACAAAGACCCUCGAGACAAAGAGACUCGCGAUAAAGACACUCCCAAAUCGCCCACUGUGGCCAGUCCCCCUGCUCAGGCGCAGAAACGAGAGAAGGAACAAGUCUCGCCUACACCCCCUCUUGGAAGCCCCGUGAAGGGCUACCACCCUUACUCACCGACGCCCCAUUCCCCAGACAUGCCGGUGCUCCGGAACCUACCCGUGCGGCGACGUCUGGAGACGGAAUCGCGAAUGGCUGCUCAGCUCGGAGAGCAGCUCGGCGGUGUGGGGCGAGGGAGGGGCUUGGACAGAAGGAAAAGCCUGUCGCCAAAUGCCCACAAGAAAAUGGACUCUGGCUCCUCAAAGGUCGGCAAUGUGCCCUCGGGUACGCCAAACCCUGACAACGCACCGCCAGUGAAGCGAAAGCCUGGCCGACCUCCCAAGCGUCCCGUUCCUCCGGUGACUCCUCCUCCUCCGGCGAAACCUGUGAUGACGCCGGACAAACCCGCGAGCUCAGGCAAGCCUGCAGCGGUGGACAAGGACAAAGGCAAGCCUGCAGCGGUGGACAAGAACAAAGACAAGGAUAAAGAGAAGGACGAUAUUCUCUCGCCGAAACGGAAGAGGGGUCGCCCUCGCAAAGACUCCACCGUCAAGCCAGAGGCUGUUAAAGCAACUGCUGACCCUCCAACGACUCAGUCUCCUGCGACUCCUUCGAACCCUGCACCUCCCAGCAUCCCCCAAAGCACGCCGUGCGGUCGUAACUCUCCAAGAUCCCCUCUCGCCACCCUCCAAGAGACUCCUUCAGAGAGUACUACCCCUGCUAACUCGUCACUACCCUCAUUGCCUGCCAAAGCUGCUGACACCAACUCAUUACCUAAAACGGACAGGGAGACCAACAACAGUCCUGUUGUUUCACCCACAGCACCGCCUGCUAGUCAAUCGCUGACCAUGGAGACUGCAAAAGCUACCACCACCACUACUCUUGCACAGACUCCCAAACCCAGUGAACCUCAGAAGAACACCAACACCAUUCCCACGCCAGCACCAGUACCUCCGCAACCCACAGCAAGCAAGCCUCCAUGCCAGACAACCGUUCCCCCCUCUGCUACACAACCAACAACCGCCUCGGACCCCAAGGCCUCCACACCAGCUACACCUGCGCAGCCCAAGCCAAGUGCUGCUCACACCCAGCCAUCCUCACCUUCUCCUCCGUCUAGUUUACAAGUCGAUUCGCAGACGAAUGCGGCUCGGGAAAACUCAACCACACGUGAGGUUCCUCAGACCUUGCAGAGUAGUAGUAGUAGUAGUAUUCAGAAACCUGCCACCUCAACAACACUCCAAGAUCCGCCACCCACGCCAAGGGACUGUGAGAAGAAACCACCCUCAGAAACUACUAAACCACCAUCAGAGAUCACACCCCUAGAGCCAGUUAAUACUACCCCUGAGCCCAAAUCUCCUGUUCAGGUCAAAUCAUCAUCAUCACCAUCAUCAUCGCCGCCUGAGAUCCAGACGAGUGGUGCGUGCCCAACACCCACACCUGCGGAGCCUGAACCACCUCUGGCAUCUGAGCCCUCUGAACAGCACUCCUCUCCUCAGCCAGCCCUCAAAAGUGAUCAGCGAGAGCAGGACAAACAGACUACUGAGGUGCUCACAGAGGAAAAGACACCAGGAGUGGAGGAGGAGGCGACAAAGAUGGACAUAAAUGAAGCCCAGGAGACGGAUUCAGCGAAAGAAAAGGCAACAGAAGAGCCGUCUCUCGCACCACAGUCAAAGCGAAGGCGAGUGGAAGAAGACUCUCCAGAGCACCAAGAGCGUGUGUCUGCUGAUGUUCCACAAACGAAAAUUGACAUCCCCCUGCCAAAUGAGGAAACGGCUAACCAAAGCGAGAGUAGAGAGGAGAGCAAGCGAGACGAGGCAGACGGGGCGAACUUCUCUUCCUCGUCAAAGAAAAGAGCUCUCAGUCGCCAGAGCAGUCAGGAGUCUGUGCGCUCCUCCUCGCCUUCCUCAUCCGUCUCGUCGGGCGGCACGAGGUCAUCGAGGAGGACGGCGGAGGAGAAGAGCCAGACAGGCAAGCGGAAGAGGGGCGAGGCCAAAACCGGAACCGGCAGCAAGCAGGAAGGAAACGAGGAGAAGAAAGCCAAGAUGCAGAAGCGGCGCUCCAAGUCGCCCUCCUCCUCCUCCUCAUCGUCCUCAGACUCUGAAGAGUCUCGGGCCGAAAAACGCCUCACCCGCUCCGAACGUAAAAAGCAAGAGAAGGAGAGCCAGAGCGAGAGCGAUGAGAAGAAGGCGACACCUGGUAAACGUGGCAGAAGACCCAAGAAAGAGGAGUCCGCGUCUAAUGCCACCAGCACCACUGGUGGGGAAUCCGGAAGUGAAACCUCCGCGCGAGUUACGCGCAAGUCUUCAGGCCCGGCCGCGUCCAAACCCAAAUCUGGCAACACCACCACCCCCCCAGUGCCGUCCACGCCACCUCCAGAGGUGUUGGGCAAGCGCUGCUCAGCCCUCAACGCCGCAGCCAAGCUCGUGGCCAUGAGAGGAACCCCCCCUAACAAACCGAAGCCCCCAUCCACACCUCCGACCACAGACUCGCCGAGCGCCAAGUUAAAAGCAAAGGCUGCUGGUGCUCAGGCGUCCCCGCAAACCAACUCAUCCGUAGGCAGAGGAGGAGGAAGCGGGCGACAGACGCCCACCAACACACCGCUCGCCUCUCCGGAGUCGGGCAAGUCCGCGUCAUCGUUGCGCUCCACCCGGCAACGUCCCAGCAGCCUCGUGCCCCCGCUCGAUGCCAAGAAAAAGCAGACACCACGCAGCGACAAGAAGAAGACGGACAGAGAAAACGAGAAGAAAGAGGGGCGAGAAGACGGCGGAGAGGAGGACAACAGGGAGUCACGGUCCUCGCGAGGCCACAGCGCCUGCAGCAGCAUCAGCAGUGAGCGCGGCGCCGACGGAGGGAGCAGCCGUAGCCGCAGCAGCAGCAACAGCAGCCAGCGCACGCCCAGCCUCAGCUCCCAGGGCACCACCGAGCCACAGCGGUCCCACUCCAGGGCCACCUCCUCGGGCAGUGACACUGAGCAGCGCAGCAGUGGAGGCGGGAAGCAGAGCCAUAGCCAUAGUCAUCGGUCCGGAGGAGAGGAGAGGAGGCGAGGCAGGAGGAGCCACAGGGAGACGCGCUCGAGCACAGACGCACAGCACGACAAGGACAAAGCGGAGCUGAGCGGGGGAUCCGCGGAGGGGACGCCAGACAGGGUGCUGCGUAGCGUUGCUGCUCUGGCCGCUAAGCACGCCCGCUCCCCGGCCUGCAACACCCGCUCCUCCGCCACACAGCAGCGGCCAUCCAAGACGUGAUUGUGUGUGUGUGUGUAUAUGUGUGGAUGAGAAUGCUUGAGCCUACAGUGUAACUGGGGUUGUUAGUGACGAGUGAAGGCGGCCCAGUGCAAGACCACAGAGGGGGUGGUGGUGGGGCAAGCAAAUAGACAGUGGAAUGUAUCGACGGGUAUUAAUGGUUAAAAACUACAGACUAAAUUUUAAAAUAAAAUGGGCGAGAAGGGAGUCUGUUGCAGAAAGGGGGCGUCAGUCUGUCAUAUCAUAUCUGAUGAAGGGCAAUUUAAUGUUGUCUGCUGUACAGUGCAACAAGGACUGAGCUCCCUUCCUUUCUGGCCCCCUUUCCUACCCUCUUCUCCCACAGCUAAGCUGUCUCCGAUCUGGAAACAGCCUGGAGAUAUACAGGACUAAUGACAUUUUCAGAAAAUGUGACCUUGCGGCCAAGAAGGUUGUGUCUGUACAGAAGAAACUUCAUCCCCAGAGAGACAUUUUAAAAAAACACCUGGCGAUCUGGACAAUAGCUAAACGUUAUUGUUAGUUCACACACUAUGUACUGUAAUCAUAAUAAAAGACUGGAAAUACUAAGUGGGUGUAUGUGUAAAAGAGAGGCUGUACAUUGUGCCCUUUUAUACAGUUUAUUUGUGCUUGAAGGGUAAAUGGAAACAAAAAGAAAAGUCUAUUCAGAACAUUUUUCAGCGGAAGGGGGAAAAAAGCUUUUAUGACAGCUGGGUUCUAAAAAAAAACAAAAAACAAAAAUUGUUGACAGUUGUUCGAGUCUGUCAGUUCAUCAGUUGCGGAUAUUCAGUGGGUUUCUCCAGGGUAUGAAAAAGAGAGGAAGCAGGUCUGUAAAUGUUAUCGUUGCUGCACUAUGCUGGAGUUUGUCUUUUGCUUGGACCUCCCCUGUCUUGUGUAUUCUUUUUCUAUCCAUUUAUUUGAAAUCCAGCCUGCAUUUUUUUUUCUCCCCCCACCUUGCACAUCUGAGAAAAUAAGUUUCGGGUGUGGGAGUAGGUUUUUUUUUAUAUAUUAUUAUUAUUAUUAUUAUUAUUAUUAUUAUUGAUCAAUUUCAAAUCGAUUACAUCUGAACUGGUACCUCACACAGUGCAGUUUUUUGUCAGCUCGAAACAUGUCCUAUCUCAUGAGCUUGUGAUGAAGCUUGAAGAUACAGCUUUGUGUGCUCGCUGGUAAUGCAGAAAAUGGGAGACAAACCUCAGUAUACACUCUGUUUUUGUUUUAUUUUCACCUGUUAUCCAAAGUAACAGUCAUAAUGGUCAUUAUCAUCAAAUUUUGUUCUCAAUCUGAAAUCAGUGUGACCUAAAGGAAAAAAAAGAGUGCCUGUCUAUAAGGGGUGGGUGGGGAUCCUUCCUUGAUUGCCUUGUAAAAUAAAUUACAAGUAGGGUUGUGAAUAUAGGCUUCUGUGUUCUGCAAAAGAGAGGGAGAGGGAAAAACACGCAAAACGACAAAACAACUUACCGAAGAACCCCUGCUGUCAAAUUGAAACAAACCAAUUUGAUGCACAGUUGCUGCAGUCACCUUUUGUCUGUUUGUGUUUUUGCUUUUCUUUUUCGUGACAUUUGGAAAGAUAUGUUCCAGGACAUGUUAUGAACCUUUAGAAAGGAAACAAAGGCUUUUUAAAUCACAGAAGGUCAAUUUAAUGCUCAAGAUGUUUGUAUUUUGGGAAUUGGUUAAAUAUGGUGUUGGUCUUAUUUUUAUUUGUCUCUUUUUUCUUUUUGUUACAUUCCUUUUUGUUUCCUUGUAAUUCCACAUUGUUUUACUUGAAAGAUAAAAGAAAAUACAUUGAAUAAAAAGACCAAAACUAAUUUA